AUGUUUCGUUUCGCUCAAAAGAGGCUUCUAAAAAUCAGGACUGAUAAAGGGAUAUGCAGAAGCUGGGUGAUCACGUUUUCAAUAAAGGAGAAGGAUUCCGAUGGUAUUUUUGAUGUGAACAUUGAGAAGGAAGAUGGAAGUCCGAAAAAGGAAGUCAUCCUUGGUAGGGACGGCGUGGUCAGAUUGCUGACCUACGUGGGUGCCAGCAAAUGUAUUCAACACGAAAGUUACGGCGAGAGGAUCCUAUGGUCGGAUAAAUUCCUAAGAGUGCUCAAUACCGAAUGCGACGAAAAACUAACAAAACUCACCAUAUAUUCGACUUACGUACGAAGAGACGUGUCGAAGACGGCAGCUUUCUAUGGAGUAGAGUUUCGAAUAUGUGACGUUUUGAAACCAGUUGCUAAUGAGGAUAUAAUCAACCGCUGUCGAAAUCAAUUGCUUGAGGAUGAGGAGAGAAGAUUCGCACUGACAACUUUAGCGAAAAAGGAAACCAAAGAAAAACUGAAUGAAGCACCACUUGGUCAGGCAGGAUUUGGUAUCGACGAAGGUCCGUAUUCUGCGAGAGUGUACGAUGGGAUGCAGCAACGAAAAAAAUUCAAAAUUCCGAAAGGACGUCCUGCAUCACUACCUGUGCUUGAACAAAAUGUAGAUCUCAUAACUCCACCACUCAUGCUCUGUGUUCGUAGCGACCAAUACAGAACUGAAGCAUGGAGUGUGGAACUAGGAGUUAUACCCGUCGAAGAAACAUAUAGAGUUCACAGCCCGGCCGAUCCACUAGCAUAUACAUAUUGGCUGAAUAAUCCGCUUGAGAUCGAGUUAGAGAAUCCCCAUGUCGGUAAGAUCGAAAUCACACAAAAGGAUUAUAACGGAAUUUCUUCAAAGAGGGUGGUUGCUGUCCUGCGUUUCAACAAGCUCAAUCCAAUCGUGCCCUGGAUUUUCGUGAGAACCAUUUCUGUGUUGGCACCUAAUGAGGAUUUCCCUAUCUUGAGUCCUGACUGUCUUCUAAGUUAUCACAUGAGAAGGCCAAGCCAGGCGAUAGAGGGAAUAUGUCGUGAUCAGAUUCGUAGUAGAGAAAGUGAUGAUUUUCGUCCGCACAGAAUCGUUGACUGA